CGGUAAAACUGCUCAAAAUGGCGAGCGCACGAGUUUUCUUCAGCAAAAAGCGCAGCCAAAGAAACGGGUUCAUCAGCGAGGAAGUUCCGGUGGUCGAAAACGGCUACGACGUCCAGGAAUCGGACGAAGAUGAGGUGUUCGUGCAGGACCCCAACCUGGAAAUAUCCGCCUCCAAACCCCUGAUGCACCCCCGCAACAAAGGUCAAAGAACGAAGGUGAAAACGCGAACGAUCGAGUGCCGGUUCUGCUCCGUGUUCAAGCCCAUCUUCUACUUCAUCGCGCUCGUGACCGUGCUCUGCGGGGUCAUGGCCACCAUUGUUUACAUCGCCAACAGACACAAGAACCAAUCAAAUCCGGUCUUACUCAAGGAAGGGGAGGAUUCGAAAGCGUCGGCGAAACUAGGCCAGGAGAGGACUUCGGUGAUUGGUUGUGAUAAAAUGGAAGUUAGUGACGUAUGGGUUCUGGGAAUUCCCAAACUUUUAACGGAGUCAGCGUUUCGUUUAGUGGAUGUAAAUGGUGAUGGGACUUUAGAUGUUAUUUUUGGAUUUGCCACGGGAGCUGAUGGCUACGGCGUGAAGGAUAUCGUCUGUGACCUAUAUUUCGAAGGCAAGAAGCCAUGUUUUGGCGGCGUCAUGGCGGUGGAGGGGGGCGGGGGGAAGGAGCUAUGGCGGCGCUACACGGUGCAUGAAAUUUACGGGCUCAACUGUCAAUACGACAUCAACAAGGACGGGGUCAAGGACUGCCUGUCGUCUGGGAGGGCCGGG